AGCCAGCUUCAAACUGCAGAAAUCGAGACAAGUCCGCUGAAGAAACCCAAAAUAAUCAGUGUGCCCCGAAACCCCCUAUAUGCUAUCAUCUCCUGUGGUAAUAAUAAUCCUUGUGCCAUCGACUUGCACAAAUCCUAAUACCACGCCUUUCUCUCCAUCGCCUCCUUUUUCAACCACUCUGCGUCUCUCCCGACUGGAAUGCAACCGCUUGAAGCACAACUGGAUGGAUCAUGCCCUCCUCCGAUACAAUCAUCUCCCUCGCAAUUGGUUUUGGGGGGUUACUUGUCGCCAUUUUGGGCAUCUGGAUCGCAUAUCUGAGUCUUAAAGCUGUGAAAUCCAAUUGGAAUCCAAACACGAACACUUCGGACUACCGUCGGAACGAGACAAUCGACUUGGAACGGUCAACAGAGCUACCAACCGUACGUCCCACAGUGCAUCUCUCUUGGCCGCAAGAGUCCGGACA